AUGAAACGGAUUUUCAACCACUGGCAAGCUGGAAAAUUCCUUAACCCGACUUUAACCCGGCUCAUCAUGGGGCGAUCUCGAAAACCAGUCCACGAAGACGACAUAGUCACGUCUCGCAUCACCGUCAAGCAUACCUCUCGGGGCUAUGUUGUCAAUUCUAGGCCCAUUUUCACCACGCCAUUGAGGAAGAAUGCCCGCAGGUUCUCAUCCAGAGGGUCAAACUCGGAAUCCCCCCGAAAGAAGGCGCGGUUCCAUCGCCUUUCCCCCACAGGUGACUUCAGCAUGGAGGUCGGCAGCCAUGCGCAGACACCUCCACGGAUCUCACCGCCCACCUUUGUCCUGUCAAGAAAGAAGACAACUUAUUCCCAGCACGAUUUCAUGGCUGACUGGAUUCCUCACAAAGGACAGUUCCUUAGUGCCAUUUUGGAAGGAGAAAGGAAAGCGUGCAUUGCCUGUGCAGGAUGUGGUGGCCCAGAACCACUGUGGAGAUGUUUGGAAUGUGUGGGGAGGCGGGAGCUUUGUAGAGUCUGUAUGAGGGAGAAGCACCGGGACCUUCCAUUCCACCGAGUGGAGCGUUGGGAUGAAACUCAUUGGAACCCGGCGUGGCUGUGGCAGAUUGGGGUAGUGAUACCACUUGGCCACGGAGGAGCUCCGUGUCCAACUCCCCAGGGCUUCUUUCAGGAGGGUGAUGAAGGUGACGAUGAAGAGUACUGGACUGAUGAAGAGAUUGAUCCCGAGGACAAUACUGGGGAAGGGGAGCCCUGGUUGGACGAGGACAAAUUCUCAUUCGCAGCCAAACCGAACGGGAGGCGGAUUGGAGACGAUCGUGUUGUGAUCGUGAUGCAUACCAAUGGCGUGCACCAUGUUCUCUUCCACGUCUGUGGCUGCCCUGACCACCCCUCUGAAACACGGCAGUUCCUUGAUAUGAGGCUGUACCCUGCGUCGGUGAAGACAGUGAGAAGCGUGGCAACCUUCGAUUUGUUGGACGACUACCACAUGAACCAGGUAGAAUGUCACACGUCGACAUAUCAUUAUUUUGCGAAGCUCCGGAGGGUCACCAACAAAGCAUUCCCUCAUACUGUCCCGAAUCGUUAUCGAGAACUAGCCCGGAUGGGCAGGCAGUGGAUACAUCUCAAAAACCUCAAAUGGUUCGGCUUCGGGCAUACUGAUGCUGUCCCCGCGGACGGGGACCUCGCCCUCUUCUGCUCAGCGUGCCCGCAGAAAGGGGUGAACGUUCCCGAGGAGGAAUGGGACUCUCUGCCCGAUAUCCUGAAGCUACGCAGCUUUGUCGCUGACGGGAACUUUUCUUGUGUCCACCAGAAGCAGCGCGCAGCACAUAAGGACGUUUGGAUUACCUCGGGGACUGGAUUUAUGGCGGAGAGAACGGCGUAUUCAGCCCACAUCAAGUCAGCAACCGAAGAUAAACAGACAUCGACAUGCCAUGAGCAUCGAGCAAUUGCGGACAAGUGGAAAUCAUUGAAGGGAUGCGAUGUGACGGGUAUUGGAGCGAUUGCUUGCAUGAGACACGGUUGCUUUGUCCCCGGCGCAAUGGUUGACUUUCAGAAGGGUGAAAGACAGAUCAAUAUGGAUUAUGCGUGGCUGAAAGCUUUGAAGAUGUCGGGGCUGGAUGGUGUUCGUUGGGUACUCCUCGUCUACGACAUAAACUGCCAGUAUUGCAUCAACUUCAUGACUCGCAUCAAGAAGUACCGGAACCCCGACCUCAAGCUCCCGCGGGGGUUGGUUAUUGUCAAUGCUAUCGGACUCUGGCACGUCCACGGCCAUCGUCCAGAAUGCUACGCCAGGUUCGCUCCAUCAUUCGUCUCUGGCGCAGGUACCAAAAGCGGCGAGAUUUUGGAACCGCUAUGGGUACCGAUGAACAAACUCGCGGGUCCAACUCGCACUAUGUCGAGCUCUCAUCGAGCUGAGACGCUGGAUGCUGGUGCCUCGGAUAGUAAUUGGAAGAAGUUGACAGGUAUCGGACUACCGAAGGCCAAGGAACAGGCGGAGGAAGCUUUGGAGAGGUACACGGCUAUUUCCGCGGCAGUAACGAAGACUCAGAUCGCUCAAUGGGGUGCCGAGCUCGACGAAGCUAAAGCUAAACGACUCAAAGAUUUUAAAGCAAUGGACAUAUUGAAUUCGAAGUUAGACAAAGUUCCUAAACGUGCGGCAGUGGAAGCAGAAUUAAUGGACAAGGAGCGGGCUUCAGGGGAGGGGCUAGGGGUGACAAGCUGGAUUUCGGCAGGAAUAGACAUCCAGGAGAAGCAAAUUGAGGUAAAACGCCUUGUUCGGAAGUACAAGAAUCAUACUACGCCCAAGCAGAAGCUGGAGAUCGCAAAGAGCCGCCAGGAACUGACCUCCUCGAUUGAGACCUUCCACAAGGACGCGGAAGGUCUCUUUCCAGGUUUUGACAUUUCUUCCUGUUCAUUGUCCGCGGAUACUGCUUCCCUCGCGAUAAACCUUCCCGCGGGAGACGGCGCGAUCGAGGUUGGGUCCGACGACGACAUGGACGGUGGGUCUAACGAGGAGGACGGUGGGUCUGAAUAUGAGGAGGACUGUAACCCCGAGGACAUUGCGAUUCCCCUCCCCUCAGCAGUGACUAAUUGGCCGCCCUCUCAUGCUUCGGUCAGGCGGAAGGAACAGUCAAUGCGAGUUGCACAGGCUAAUUCCAAGCUGGAGGCAAUCCGCGAUGCUAUCGGGAGGUUGUCGUACCUCUACCGCUCUCUCAUUCGGGGUGCCAAAACUAAAAAGUCCAAGACGCGGUCCUAUGGUAUCAUCAAGGGCUCUCGGGAUGAGCUUCGCCUCCUGGUCAACCAUUACGAGCAAGCACGGUACGCGCUUCGACAGCUAGACGCCUCGCCGGAGACCCUAUCGAAGUAUCGUCCCAUCCGGCCUGCUGAUCUGAAGAUCAGUACAGCCAUUGCCGACCCGAAUGCCCGUGGCCAAAGUUCAACCCACCUUUCCUGGAUUUGGGGAGUACCGAGCACCAACCCAGCAGAUAGAACCGUGUACUUGGAUGAAUUAUAUCGGGUAAACUGGAUGAGGACCCGCGAGAAGUACCUUCGACAAGAGGAGGAGUUUCAGUUCCUCCUCCGGGAAGCAGGCUGGGUACCACGCUUUUUCGAUUUCAAAGCAAAGGUAUGGGAUGGGUUGCGAACACAGGUGUCUGGAUCGGGGCAUUUGGCAUAUGCGUCAAGGCAAGCCCAAUUGUGGAGGAAUCUCGCGAGAUAUGCACGAGAGCGUUUCUCCAAAACUCUCAAAGAUAUGGAAGAAGCGGUUGGCCGCGCAGUCGCCAUGACGUCGGGUGCGGACGCAGAAUCGUCCGGGACGGAUUCGUCUAGGGCUUCUCGGGAAAUCUCUAGGGUUAACUCCCCUGAUCAAUCCACUACGACAGAUUCGGACCGGUGUAGCUCAACUAGCAUCUAG